AUGUACAAGUCCACUGCCCUCCUCGCCCUCGUCGCUGGUGUCGCCCAGGCCCAGUCUCUCCCCAACAUCCCCUCGUGCGCCAUUGAGUGCCUGAGCACCGCCGCCCCCGACGCCGGCUGCAGUGGCAUCACCGACUUUGAGUGCCUCUGCGGCUCCAUUGACGAGAUCAUGCAGUCGUCCAAGGAUUGCUUCACCAGCAAGUGCGACUCCUCGGAGCUCCAGAGCGCCCAGUCGGCCGCCACCAAGUUCUGCGCCAACCUGGUCGGCACCUCCUCCGGGUCCAUGAUGUCCUCCUCCUCGGGCUCCAUGACCAUGACCAUGUCGUCGACCGUCACCGAGACCACCGUCACCACCCCCGUGACCGUCACCACCUCCACGACCCCCAUGUCGUCGGGUAUGUCGUCUGACAUGUCCACCAUGGUCACCACCGAGACCGACUCCAACGGCAACCCCACGGCCACCCGCACGGAGGAGCCCACCGCCUCCGGCACGGACGGCGGCGACAGCGGUGUCGGCAAGCCUGUUGCCGGCCUCGUGGCCGCUGGCCUUGCCGUCCUCGCUGCCUUGUAA